AUGUCUACCCAAGACCCCGGUAUCCCCUUGACCCAUGCUCCAGACGCCAGAGGCUACAAGCUCAUGGAGCUGCCCCCCGACCUAGAGGCCCUGCUCACUGCCGAAGAUGCUCCGGUCAUAACUCUCACCUCAACCCCAACAACAGCCCUCCUCAAAACCCCAGACAAAACCUACAAACUCCUCCAGAAAAACACAUCAAAUUCCCUCAUCCUCCUGGCCCCUCACUCCGCCGCAACCCCACCGGACUCUUCCUCGGACGACAGUAUCCCCGUCGCCGGCCUGGCCGCCAUCGCAACCAUCCACGAAACCGUUGAGCUCGUCGCCCAGACGGAGCCGCAGACGAUAUCAAAUCUCAAAAACACUGGCAGCAAGGGGAAAUGGCACGAGAAAUUUGGUCGGGGGCGGUAG